AUGGAAGGUGCAAUUUUGGCAUCGCCUUUGAAUGAAACGCUAAAAGAUGCAUUGGAUGCUUACUCAGAAGCCUACGAUAUUGAUCAGUUGUACGUCGGAAUACACGCAACGAUUUCUAGUCAAAUAUGGCAUUCUAUUGAAGGAAUACCAUUAGAGAAUUUAGCAAAUCAUUUAAAUAUUAGUCAAAUAGAGAGUGGCUACCGAUCCUGCGCAGUCAUGAGGGCUGGAUCUGUAAUAAACGUCGGAUGUCAAGAAAUGUUUCCGUAUAUUUGCUACAAAAGUGACAAUGUUAGUAGGAAUCUUGCAUCCUGUGGAACUACUGAUACAGCUUAUCAAUUGGACAUGAGAACUGGCAACUGCUACAAAUUCCACGCUGAAGCAAAGUCGUGGGUUGAAGCAUACGAAAUUUGUUUUGCAGAGCAAGCAUACUUGGCGAUAAUCAAUAGUUAUGCUGAGGCACGAAUCUUAGCAGAUAUUUUUGCAAAUUAUCCUAGUUUCACUAUUCAUGCUGACCAUCCAAAUACCAUGAGUAUUGGUAUCAUUGAUUGGCAACAUAACAGAGAUUGGUAUACGAUUCAUGGUGAAAGUAUAAAAGAUGCUGGUUAUUCCUCGUGGAGUAUGGGAGAACCAAGUAAUUCGGACGGUGAUGAAUAUUGUGGCACCAUUUUCAGAAAUGGCCAUUUAAAUGAUGAACCGUGUUCGAAACGGAAUGUUUUUAUCUGUGAAAAAGAUGUAAUACUUGUGCAAAAGGAAGACUCUACUGAAAAUCUAUAUACGACUGAGUCAGAAUCUAGGGAAAACCUAUAUACGACUGAGUCUGAACCAAGUCAAAAUCUAUAUACGACUGAGUUGGAAAUC